AUGUCCUCCACAGUGACUACUUAUGUUGUUGCAGCGGCCACUGUCGCUUGCACCACUCUGUUUAUUAUCGCAUAUCGGGAUUACCGUGCGUAUAUUGCCUUUGGCCCUCACGGAUUGCCCGACAACUUCUCGGGGUGGUGCAAGCAGCUUAAAAUGUCUCGCAUGGCACGUAAAGAUACCACGGUUCCUGCGCCAUACGACCUCCAAGUCGUGACAACCACUGCUGGACCCAAUGCUACGAAAUGCUAUCUUUCAAACCCAUUGGAAGUUCGCCCGGGUCCUAGACCACAAGUUCCCGGGUUCACCGCGCCACAGCGACAGGUUACAGCCACUGCGACUGCUGAGAUGAAGCAUCAAAUGAACACGUACCUUAGGUCUUUGACCGAAGCAAAUAAGGGAAUAAUCCAGUUUGAGCUAUCAGUUCUUGAAGGCCCAGUGCCUGCUGUUCAGCUGAAGAAAUGCCUCGAUAGACCCCCUUAUUUAAACCCAACCAGAGGUGAGAUGGUCCACGUUCAUCCCCCCGAUGGUAGUACGCAUCUUGUUCUGUCUUUGGCAGACUCCAAGGCGGUGAUUGAGAAAGGUUGGGGCCAGAGGCACAGACUGAGCGGCGGUCUUCUUGGUUGGGGCUAUACUCUGAUCUAUGCGCCCCGAACCCAGGCAGACUUUGAAACUUGGAAGGAUCUCAUUUGUGCUGCGGUAAAUUACUGUUGUGCUGAAUUUGGGGGUGUUGAGAACCCGUUGGGUAAAGAGUAA